CCUUAAAAGUGCGUCUUGAGUCUCAUAAAAUGAGCCACUUAAAACUGAACGGUUAGGAAAUUGUGAAAGAGGCAGUUGGGGAAGGCUGACAUAUGGAGAGAGAGAGAAAAAAAAACAAAUCAUGUGGAUCAGCAAAAACUCAGCAAAGCACAUUCCUGGAGAUCACCGUGGAGACGAGGGGGAGGACAAGCCGACACUUCCCAACAGUUGCAGUGAUUCCCCCGCAGCCGACGUGCAGAGAGGGAGGAGAUCCCCCAGUGAAGCUCAGGCUGUGACUUACAGCCCAUGGGUUUGGGAGCAGAGCGAUCCUGGUCGGUGGAUGCUCACACACCAUGAGUCCUGCCUGUGCUCUGGCUUUCCUCACUCUCUGGUCGCUGGCAAACUCCGCCACUCGAACCUACCACAUGGGAAUUAAAGAAGAGGAGUGGGACUACGCACCCAGCGGGGAAAACCUGCUCACCCGCCUGGACCUGGAACGGGAUGAGUAUGUGGGGAAUGCAGCUGUUUUUCUGAAAAGGGAUAGGAACCGUAUUGGACGUAAAUACAAAAAGGCCAUCUAUAAACAGUUUACUGAUGAAACAUACACCACUGAGAUUCUUAAGCCAAUUUGGCUGGGAUAUCUUGGCCCACUGCUGAGGGCAGAGGUAGAAGACGUGAUUGUUGUUCACCUAAAGAACUUUGCAUCCCGCCCUUAUUCUCUGCAUCCACAUGGAGUUUUCUAUGAAAAAGAUUCUGAAGGUGCUCUCUAUCCUGAUGGUACGUCGAGGAAGCAGAAGCUGGAUGAUGCUGUGCCACCAGGAGGAACCCAUGUGUAUACAUGGGUGGUUAAGAAAGAGUAUGCACCUACCAAGGAUGAUGCAACUUGUUUAACCUGGAUUUACCAUUCACACAUUGAUGCUCCAAAAGAUAUUUCCUCGGGUUUGAUUGGGGCAAUGUUAACAUGUAAAAAAGGAACCUUGGAUGCUAAUACACUGGGACGUAAAGAUGUUGACUGGGACUUUGUGUUAAUGUUCAGUGUUGUGGAUGAAAAUUUCAGCUGGUAUCUGGAUGAUAAUAUAAAUAAUUAUUGCACUGAACCAUCUUCAGUUGACAAAGAUGAUGAAGAUUUUCAGGAAAGCAACAAAAUGCACGCUAUCAAUGGCUAUCUGUAUGGAAAUCUAGUUGGGCUUGAAAUGUGCAGUGGGGAGUCAGUUUCUUGGCAUUUGUUUGGAAUGGGAAAUGAAGUUGACGUGCACUCAGCUUAUUUCCACGGCCAGACUCUCAUUGAUAGAGAUCACAAAGUGGACGUCAUCAGCCUUUUUCCAGCUACCUUUGUUACAGCAGAGAUGGUCCCGAGGAAUAUUGGAAAGUGGUUAUUGAGUUGUCAAGUGAAUGACCAUAUUGAAGCUGGAAUGCAGACAUUGUUUACUGUGAAGGUUUGUGGGGCGAAUUCUACAGAAACAUCACUGACUGGGAAAGAGAGGAAAUACUUCAUAGCGGCUGAAAUGGAUCUGUGGAAAUAUGCUCCCUCGACAUACAAUCAAUUCACUAAUCAGCCAUUAGAUGCAGAAGAAAGUGACUCUGAGCCUUUCUUCAAGAAAAGUACAGAUCGAAUAGGAGGAGAAUACUGGAAAGUGCGAUAUGUUGAAUACACUGAUGAGAGCUUUAAUACCAAAAAAAAUAGAUCAGCAGCAGAGGAACAUCUUGGGAUACUUGGUCCGAUAAUCAAAGCUGAAGUUGGCGACACUGUUCUUGUCACAUUUAUGAAUAAAGCAAACCAGCCCUAUAGUAUCCAGCCACACGGGAUAUUCUUCAGUAAGGAAUCAGAGGGAACAAAUUAUGUCGAUGGUUUUCAGAGGAAAGGAGGCCAUGUAGAGCCUGGUAGUUUCUUCAUCUAUAAAUGGACUGUGCCUGACCAUGUUGGACCAACAAAUACUGGUGACCCAUCUUGCCUCACUUGGAUGUACUACUCAGCCACUGACCCAGUUAAAGACACCAAUUCUGGCCUUGUCGGGCCAUUGAUAGUCUGCAAACGAAAUAUGUUGACUCAAGGAGAUUUACAGAAAGGAAUUGACAAGGAGUUUUACCUGCUGUAUACAGUUUUUGAUGAGAACCUCAGCUGGUUCCUCUCUAAAAAUGUGGAAACAUUUAUUCAGAAUGCUUCUGGCAUUGACCUGGAGGAUGAAGACUUUCAAGAGUCGAAUAAAAUGCAUGCCAUCAAUGGUUACAUGUUUGGCAACCAACCUGGACUGGAAAUGUGUAUUGAUGAUAUUGUAGCAUGGCAUUUGAUUGGACUUGGCACCGAAAUCGACAUGCACGGAGUUUAUUUCCAAGGGAACACAAUCCGUGUGAAAGGAUCCACACGUGACACAUUCUCUCUGUUUCCUCAUACUUCUGCUACAGUUCUCAUGCAGCCUGAUAAUGUCGGUACAUUUAAGGUAAUCUGUCGAACUGUUGAUCACUAUGUGGGUGGAAUGAAACAGCUGUACCAUGUUAAAGAAUGUAAUACAACUGCUUCAGAGGAAAUGUAUGGAACACUAAGAACAUACUACAUUGCAGCAGUAGAGAUGGAAUGGGAUUAUUCUCCUGACAGGAGCUGGGAACUAGAACAACACAACACUACCAAGGAAGAGAGCUAUGGACAAGUGUUUGUCGGUUUCGGAAUUGGUUCUAAGUAUAAAAAAGCAGUUUAUAGGGAAUAUACUGAUGGAACAUUUACUAGGCAGAAGAUCAGGUCACCUGAGGAACAGCAUCUGGAAAUACUGGGUCCCAUCAUCCGUGCUGAGGUGGGUGAUACCAUCCUGAUUGUAUUUAAGAACUUAGCUUCCAGGCCUUACUCUAUACAUCCACACGGAGUUGAGGAAGUGGGCAGUGGUAAACAGUUAAAAGUACCAAUCACUAUGCCAGGUGAGAUAAAAACCUAUCGAUGGAAUGUUCCAACAAGAUCAGGCCCUGGUCCUGGAGACUUAAAUUGUAUUUCCUGGAUUUAUUAUUCUGCAGUAAAAUUUGAGAAGGAUUUAUACAGUGGUUUGGUUGGCCCCUUAAUAACCUGCCGUCAAGGAACACUUGACGAGAAUGGAAAGAGGAAAGAUAUAGAUCGAGAAUUUGCAAUAUUAUUUCUAGUAUUUGAUGAAAACAUGUCCUGGUACUUGGAAAACAACCUCUACACUUACUUUCAUGUUGAUCCUAGUAAAUUCAUCUCCAAUGAUGAAUUUGAAGAAAGUAACAAAAUCCACGCAAUUAAUGGGAAGAUCUAUGGAAAUCUUCAUGGACUGAAGAUGGUUAAAGGAGAGAAGAUUGACUGGUAUUUACUUGGUAUGGGAAAUGAAGUAGACAUACACACUGUUCAUUUUCAUGCUCAGAGUUUUAUUUACAGAAUGGUUAAGAAUCACAGAGCGGAUGUGUUCGACCUCUUUCCUGGAACAUUCCAGACAAUAGAAAUGAUAGCAGGAAACCCUGGAACUUGGCUGCUGCAUUGCCACGUAACUGAUCACAUUCACGCUGGCAUGGAAACCGUUUAUACGAUCCUGAAUCGUACAGAUCGUGUGAAGACUACUGUGCAAACUGUUCUUGCAACAAAUGGUCAAUUUGAGGUAGACUUCCUUGGAAAGAAGCUUCAUAAAAAGGAAAUCAAAAUUGCCCUGUUAGUGCUUCUCAUCAUUGGAAUUGUUUUGCUGCUGAUAGUCCUUACACUAAUCGGCAUUUUUUUUUGCCAAUGUGGAAAGAAGUCAGAUUAUGUUAUUCAUAACCAGUCCUUGAUUGCCAUGAAUAGCAUCUGAUGUUCUACAAAGAAAAAUUGCCGAAGAUAUUUUUGCCUCUAAAAUGUUCAAAAUUGCAUCUUCUCUACUGGAACUGACAAUAAGUUAAUUUUUUUUGCAGAUGCUUAAGAAUGAGUAAAUAACAUGUCAGUUUGGACUAGGGUGUUUUGGGAAUUGGAAAAAAAAAUUUCAUUACGUCUGAUGGUUAAAUGGAAUAGGUCACAAAGACCAUAAAGUCGAGGGUUCAAAUCUUGGUCUGUGCUGAGUUAACUGAUCUUAACCAGUAGGAUGCUACAUCUCAAUUGGCCUCAGUGCCCCUGGGUUAGAGAGAAAGAAAUCACCAAUGUUCCCAUCCAGAGACACCCACCCCAACCCACUCCUCCUGAAGAGGGCACACAUGUUGAAGUUGAAUGAGGACAUGAUUGGGGUCAGCGUCUCACAGUUAAAUAGUACAUGACUUUGUAGAAUUAAAAAAUAGUCCAAUGCCUUCAGGAGAGGAGUAGAAAGAAAGUAGACCCCUUUAUGUGUAUAAGGAGCAUUUAUCAUUGUGUGAAGUAACCAGAUCACAAAAUAUACAAACCUUCAAAAAUUCUUCCACUUAUUUGCAGACAAUGGAGAACACCACUAUUUUUUGUAAACGUUCCAGACAAUUUGUAUAGUUCAUCUUAGUGCCGAUGAGCUUUUAUACUUUGUCACUUGUGAGAAAUUGCCUCUGGAAGUAUUUUUAAUGAAACCAUUUUCAGGUUGUAUGUGUUUUCCAAUAAAGUAGCUUUCAUUUGUAUUUUGUUCGCUCACAUAACAUUCACUGCACUAUGUCUUGUAAAGCACUUUGGGACAUCCUCCUGAUAUGAAAGGCGCUAAACCAAAUGUAAGGUACAUUACAUUUGGAAUAACCAAUUCCUAUUCGUACCUAAUUUCUCAACCUUAUUCCUCUCCUCUGCACUGUGUUUAGCAUCUGGGCGGCCCCUUUAUGUUGCGACAACCCAGAACUGCGUACGGUACUGCAGCUGUGGCAUGACCGGAACACUAACCACCACUAACCACUAACCUUGUUUUCCAUGGCAUUGGAGUACUGCCUAUUAGUGGCAUUCAUUUAUCUUAAAAAUACAACUGAGCUCACUGAAUGUCUAUAACAUUAGUACUAAUAAUAAUCCUUGCGUUUGUUAUUGGCCUUUUCACUUUGGGAAGCUGCCUCAGACGCUUCACAGAUUUAUUAUGUAGUGACUGUUUUGUUGGCAAACACAUUAGUUAUUUGCGCGCAGAAAUGUCCCACAAAGUGAUAAGGCUACAAAUAUCAUCAAACGCCAAGUACCAUUUUGUAAAUAAAACUCACUAGUGCACAUGGGGCCUUUAAACCCAGCUUUUGAAUGGCCAGCAGUGAAAUAUGUGGUCAAAUUAUGAUCUUUCUCUUUGUGAGUCAUCUGGAAAUUCCUCUCCCUUCUGCGAGUAAUAAUUCUUCCUCCUGUUUUGUCUAGUUUUGAUAAGGUUAGAAGGAUAAAUAGUGGUGAUUAAAAUUGUCCAAAAAUAUAACAUGAGUAUUUUCCUGAAGGGGAUUUUUGCAAUUAUUGUAAAACAUUCAGAUAUCUGCUUGCAAUCCAAAUCAACGCUUCACUGGGGAAUAAGCUACACAUUAAAUCACUCAUAUAAAAAUUAUGCACAUCUGUCCAUCCAAGCAGUUACCAGAACCCUAUCUAAUAUAAAUGUG